AUGCUGCGCUCAGCUCGUCGCACCGUGCUGCAAGAGGUGCUCAGCACGACGGACACAUCAGCAGCACCGGACACUACAACUUCACCCGCCCGUCGCUCUGCAUCUUCCUCUGCCGCCCCGCACCACGGCGUGCAGCUGCGGCCGUACCAGGAAGAGUGCAUCCAAGAGUGCCUCGCCGCAAUCAGCGGCGGCGUCACUCGCAUCGGCGUAUCGUCACCAACAGGAAGCGGAAAGACGACCAUCUUCACCCACCUCAUCGACCGCAUCCCCGCCCGCUCCCGGUCAAGCCCUACGUCCCUCCGCGACGACGUCGAAGACGACAGCUCGGCUGCCUCCUCGUCGUCCGCCCCGCUCGCCGCCGACCGCGUCCUCGUGCUGGUCAACUCCAUUGAGCUCGCUCUCCAGGCCGCCGCGUCCAUAUCCUCGACCUUCCCCGAAAAGCUCGUCGAGAUCGAGCAGGGCGCAAAGUUCCGCGCAUCCGGCUUCGCCGACGUCACCGUCGCCACCGUCCAGACCCUCCAUCGCAGCAAGGAGCGCCUGGAAAAGUUAAAUCCGGCCCUCUUCAAGGCCCUCAUCGUCGACGAGGCCCACCACGCUGCAGCUCCAUCCUACCGCGACGUGCUCGCCCACUUUGACCCAGACGUCGCCAACGCUGCCAACAUCGACGAGGGCGAUGCCGCCAGUGCCGACGACCCUGCCGAUGCACCCACCGGCUCCAAGAUCCCCAUCGUCGGCUUCUCGGCCACCUUUACCCGCCACGACGGCCUGGCGCUUGGCAAGGUCUUUGAGCGCAUCGUCUUUCACAAGGAUUUCCUCGAGAUGAUUGGCGAAAAGUGGCUCUGCCCCAUACGCUUUACGUCGAUCCGCGCCGACAUCGACCUCGCCUCGGUCAAGCUCUCGUCGGCCAGCGCCGCCGCCGACUUCCAGGCGUCGUCGCUCGCGGCCGUCGUCAACACGCCCGCCGUCAACCGCCUCGUGCUCAAGGCCUGGGAGGAGCGCGCGCGCGGGCAGCGCAGGUCGACGCUCGUGUUCGCCGUCAACGUGCAGCACGUCGAGGACCUCACCCGCACCUUUUGCGACGCCGGCAUCGAGGCGCGCUGCCUCCACGGCGGCACCCCGAUGCUCGAACGCCGCCAGCUCCUCCAAGACUUCCGCGCGGGCCGCUUCCCCGUCCUGGUCAACUGCGCCAUCCUGACCGAGGGCGCCGACGUGCCUGCCAUCGACUGCGUGCUCCUCGCCCGCCCCACGCGCUCGCGCAACCUCUUUUCCCAGAUGAUCGGCCGCGGGCUCCGACUGUCGCCCCAGACGGGCAAGCACGACUGCCUCAUCCUCGACAUCGUCGGCAAUCUCCAAAAGGGCGUCGUGUGCACGCCGACCCUGUUUGGCCUCGAUCCGGACGAGAUGAUCGACGGCGAGACGGUUCAGUCGCUCCAGGAACGCGCCGAGAUGGCCGACGACGCGCUGCUGGGCGACGACGGCCAGGCCGACGCCGACGCCGACGACGCCGACGCCCUCAGCAUCGCGCAGUCCACCACGCUCACCUACAUCGACUACGACGACCCCUUCCAGCUGCACAAGGCGAUGCAGGCGCGCUCGCGGGUCGUCGAGACCAUGUCGCCCAACGCCUGGGUCGACUGCGGCGCCCAGACCUACAUCCUCGACGUCCCGCGGUUCGGCUUCGUCCGCGUCGAGCGGCUCGAGGACGACGCCGAAGAGACGCAGCAGAGCGAUCGAGAUGCUGCGACUGCCCACGGCACCGGCGACGGAGCGCAGGAUGGCAAGCCACGCUGGGUGUCGCAUUUCACACCGGUCAAUUCGGAUGCCGACGAGAGCAUGGCCGCCAUGGGCGGAGGCGGAGGUCGCGGGCCCCGGCGUUUCGGCGUCGCCCGGUCGCCGUACCGGCGCGCCCGCCGCGUGCUCGAGUCGUCGGACCUCGAGGGCGCGAUCCGCGGUAGCGAUGGAUACGUCCAGAAGCAGAUCCUGCGCGGCAGCCCGCAGCUCUACUCGACGCUCAGCCGGUACGCAAAGUGGCGCAGCACCCGCGCCUCGGAUAGCCAGCGCAAGCUUGUCGAAAAGCGGCUCGGCCUGACCAAGGCGCUGGCGAGCCAAGUGGCGGCGACCUCGUCGGACCCUUCGACCUCGUCGUCGGUGACUUCGGUGGUGUCGGCCACCGCUUCGCUGACCAAGGGCCAGGCGUCGGUCAUCCUGACGCGGCUGAUGCACGGCGCCAAGGCCCGGUGGCAGCAGAGGGCCAAGCACUCGAACAAGCUCUGGAAGCAGGCCGAAAAGGAGCGCGCGCGCGUCCAGAGCGAGACGGUCCAGGUCGGCCCGCUGCGCUAG